AUGGGAAGAACAAGACCCAAUACAAAUAGUGAACUGAUUAAAAGAACAUCGCGUUUGUUAAAACACGAACAAUUAAAUAAAAAACAGAAAGAAGCAUAUACGUUACAUAGUAGGAAAUUUACAAAAUAUAAACGUUUACCCAUUAAUGUAUAUAGACGUAAUGCACAAUGGAGUAUUGAUUUAGCAGAUCUAAAUAGUUUGGCAAGAUUUAAUAAUCAAUAUCGUUAUCUACUCGUGUGUGUGGAUAUUUAUCCGUGUUACGCGUUCGUACAGGCGUUGAAAACCAAAACAGCUAGAAAUGUUGCGAAUAAAUUUGAAGAUAUUUUGAUAAAAGAAAAGGAAAUCCCAUUAAAAAUUCAAAGUGACGAGGGGACCGAGUUUGCACUAAUAAAAAGGGAUUUGUGUAAAAAAUACGGUUUUACACUUUUUCACACAUAUAAUCGAGAAACUAAAGCCGUUCAUGCCGAACGAUUUAUCGAAACGCUUAAACAAAGUAUUACCCGCUCAAUCACCGGAUUAGAUCAAGGUUAUAAAUAUAUCCAAAAUUUGGCACUAAUUGUUGAGCGGUAUAACGAAUCGCCUCAUAGAGGGAUAUAUAAUUUAACCCCUUUAGAUGUGUAUAGACGCGGUAAAGAACCCGACGCAUUUCAAAGGCUAAAAGCACUGUUGAAUAGUCGCACGGGAGCUGUACAACUUUUAAAACAAGGCGAGCAUGUGCGGAUUGCCCGAAUUAAAAAUAAUGUUUUUGAAAAAUCAAGUUUAAGACGUUGGGUGAAAGAGAGAUUUCGUAUUAAAAAGGUGUACAUAUCCGACCCUGUCACGUAUUCGCUUGAAGAUCUGAACGGUGAGGAAAUCAAGGGGAUAUUCUAUCAUAGCGAAUUGCAAAAGAUAUGA